GCGUCUAGCAGCUACGAAAAUGGAUAAAACAAACGGUUCUUGUCAUGUCUUAAGAAAGUUAUAGGUUUCGGUCCGGAAUUUCUUGCAAUAAAAAGAAAAAUUUGUUUCCACACAUAACAAUCGGGAUGGUCAAUGUACCAAACCACGGUCACAUGUCUGGACGUUCUUGUACAGUUGUAUGUGGUCCGCGCUGUGACAUGAAACAUUGACUGCUUUGGUCUAUAUCCAAGGCAAAAACCAUAGUCAGUGUGUUUUAUGAUUUACUCAGAUCAUGUAUGGGGUCGAUCCCGAAGCCCAUUUAAAUUUAGACCACUACGGCCCAUCAAACUAACACGUAUGACACACACGUGGCAUCAUAACCAUAAACCCCGUUGGUGAGACACCAUCAUGCAUAAUUUUUUUAGUGGGAGAGAACCCAACUCAUACUGAUCAGAUAAAACUCCAUCUAUGGUUUGAUCUGAUCUAACUUUGCAGUUUAAAAGUGACCUCUCCGAAGAAAAUCAAAAUGUUGAGAACUUAUGUGAAUCCAAAACUAAUCUCCAGGCCUAAUAUAACAUCAGCAUGUCUUUACUCUCUUUACCUUAAGAGAGGAAGUGCGAGUGGAGGGAGGGAAGAAGGAAGAGCUCCUUCUACAGCGGAGGAGUUCACGAGACAAGGUGUUGCUAGCCAGACUGUGGAGAAGACGACGUACGACCGAGCAGAGGCGACGACCAACGUAUCCAGUAAUUCUGAGGCCGAGAUGGAGAAAGUGAGAAAGGAGUAUCAAGAGAAGAAAGAGAGUAGAGACCAUCUCAAGAAGGGAAGUGAUGAUGAUGAUGAUGAUUUGCCUAUCAACACGUCUAAGGGAACAUGAUGAAGAUGAUAUGAUGGAGAUGAUAAUCGAUGUUUGUAUGUAAUAAAAAUAGUCAUGUGUUUUUUUUUGUAUAUAUCUGUGGAGUCAUGUAUAGAAGCAAUGUUGUGUGUGUUUUUUUGUCAGUUAGCAUUGCUUGUUAAGUUCAUUAAUUUAUCUUCUAGUUUUGUUUCUAAAAUAGUUUUUAUUUUGCAGUUCAAAAUGUAUGUUCUGAUCACCCUGUUUUAAAUAAACUGAGGUUUA